AACAUCAUGUAAGUUACCAGCAGUCAGUUGAAAUGUCAUGAUGAUUUUAAGGUUAUGGCCAAAUAGUCAUACAAAUGAUUGAGAACAUUUUAUUGUUGUUAUAACACUAGACCUUAUUGUGGAAUACAGUUACAAACUGACUUAUUUCUAUAAUACAAAUGCCUGUGGACUAUGAAGGCACAGACCUAACGUUAGAGAAGGCUGCAGCAGAAGGCGUUAGGGAAGAGUGUGAGAUAUUAAUUGCACAGGGCGAGAACGUAAAUUCAAUUAAUGACCUCGGAUGGACUCCUCUUAUGCAAGCUGUACGUAAUGGCCACAAUGAGCUAGCAAGGUUCCUACUGCUCAAAAAUGCUGAUGUCACCGUAUGCAACCAUCAUGGAGUGACAGCAUUCACGUUGGCUGUGCUGAAUUGUGAUGAGGAACUAUUGGCAGCACUGUAUGACUGUUUGGGAGAUGUUGAGUUGAGAGAAGCUGAGAGCAACAAUGCACUUCAAGUGGCUUGCCUACAAGGUCUCCUCUCUACUGCAACAUGGCUACUCACCAACACUGUCCCACAAGUCAACAUGGUAUCUCCAGCCACAGGUGUAACCCCUUUGCUGUUAGCAAUGAUGGGAGGUCACUACGACUUGGCAGAGCUUCUGUUGAAGUUUGGUGCGGACAAGUCAAUCACCAGUAUGCUCGGUCAAGACGUGUUCCAACUUGCCCUGGUCAGCGGUGACAGAAAAUUGUUACGCCUCUUGCAGGAGGAUUCUCCCACACUUACGGGUUGCUUUAGUCUAAGAGUUAAAAAACCAGAAGAUGAACCCAUAGACCCCUUAUAUACUUCAAAUAACAUUCACUUGGAUCUGCAGAGAGAUACUUGUACACUAUUUAGAAACUCUCCUUCUCGUCCUGUGUUUAAAACCUGUGAUGAUGACACAGAAAUAGACUCCAUAUCCAGAGAAAGAUUGACUCCCUCUUUGCCAACUGUGUUUCUAUCAUCACCACAAAAAAGCAGUUCACCUCUCUCAAGGACUUGGGACUGCAACCGCCUGUACAAUCAGUACAAUAUUGGUGGUCUGGUUUCACCGAGAGUAUUUACUCCAAAAUCACCAGCGAAUUCAAUCAACAGCAUGAAGAAAAAGAAGCUUCUCAACAAAAUCGGCCGUCCAUCUUGGCUAAAGAAACUUACUAAAAGACGAACAAGAUCUGUAGGUUCAGAAGAUAAUAUCGAUUUCAACAUUUCAAAACCAAAUGGAUUUGACUUUUCACAGCUACUUUUUGCAUUAGGAAUUGAUGAAUUUUACUCCGUUUUCAAAGAGCAAGAGCUUGACAUGGGUACCUUCCUCACUUUGACUAUUGAAGAUCUUGAAUCAAUGGGAAUACACAGUCAGAUAUCACAAGAACGGAUUUUAAAAAGCAUAAAAAUGCUACAAAAAAUUCAGCUAUAAAUUAUCAUUAUUUUAAAGUUGUAAUUUUAAUUAUUGAUAAAUGUGUUUUGAUACAAAUAAUAAGGUAGAUAAUUUAUUGUUAC